AUGUUUGUCCUCAGAAACGUGGGCAAGCUCAUCUUCGGAUCCAGUAACCAAGAGUCUUUGAUCGAACUCCCCCAAGGACAACUCUACCUCGUCCGCCCACUCUCGCCCAAGGGCUACUCCGAACUCAUCUUCAAGGACGCCGCCGCCCGUAUCCGACGCACCGCACAGGACUUCCAGUACCAGCUCGUCAUCCAGAGAGUCUACGAGGAAGGCGAGGCUGAGCUUCUGGCCGAAGAGGAAGGAGAAGACGCCGAGAUCGACGCACUUGCCGCUGCCGAGAGAGACGAGAAGACCUUCCUGCUCGACGAGGCACUCCACUUCCGAGUCGACUUUCGUGACGGCAGUGACAAGAUCCUUGCCUGGCGUGAUCUGAGCGGUGAUACCGGCGACGUCUACGAGUUUGUUUGCGAUAACGUCGUCUCUCCCGGCCAAGUCUCCCAGUUCGACCGCAUCGCGAAGGAGUGCCAAUACGAACGCAAGUACCGCAAGCCACACACUACCGCUUCAGACGCCGACCUCGACCAGUUCGAGUUCGAGGAGGAGCAUCCCAUUCCUCCCGCGAGCCCUAUUCACAGCCCGACGCUGACGCGCUCGAUCGACUCUUCCGACGGCUUGUUUGUGCCCCAGACCCCGCCCCAGGCCGCAAACACAUCCGCCGAACAAGAGCAAACGCCCGUCAAGACGCCUACCAUGCCUGAGAAGAAGAAGGACACGGCCCCGCCCAAGUCUGCCGAGGCUCCUGAGGCCCUCAGCACUUACGCUGCCGAGAAGGCGGAGUUGCACUUCUUCGACUUCCCCUCAGGCUCGUUUGUUCAGCAAGAUGCCGCUGUCACUGCCACUGUUACGGAGGUCGGCAAGUGGGAGUACUGGCUGCAGGUCGAGAGCGAGGACCGCGCGUGGCUCGGCAUUCCCAUCGUAGCCGAUAUCAACCCCGUCUUCAACUUCGAAUUUCUCUCCUUCAUUUUCAACCAGUUCUCCCCUGAUGGAUCGGCUUACUCUUGGCUUCUUCGUUUCAAGGACCAGCCAACUUUGGAGCGGUUCCAAGACGCUCUUCUCCGUGCUCUGUGGGAGCAAUUGAACGAGACUAAGUGGGAGAAGAUUAAGGAGAGGGAGCAGGAGUACAUCACGGAUGCCUUCAACGACCUUACGAUGGAAGAUACCCCCGAGGAAGAAGAGGAGGAAGAGGAUUACGAAGACGCCGAGGAUGAUGCCCAGCGCAGCGAGCACUACGAUAGCGACGAAGAGGAGGAUGACGUCGCUACCAAGGACGAGGAUGGUAACGUUAACUCACAGCUUGCUGUUGGCUACAAGCACGACCGAUCAUUUGUCGUGCGCGGAUCCAAGAUCGGUGUUUUCAAGCACACGCCUAACAACAACCUUGAAUUCUCGACCAAUAUCUCCAAGGUCGAGACGCCGAAGGGCACACUGUUCAGUCCCAAGAAGGUCAUGCUUCACAACGAGGACCGUAACAUGAUUUUGCAGAAUGAGACGGACCCCAAUAAGCUUUACCGCAUGGACCUGGAGUACGGCAAGGUCGUCGACGAGUGGAACGUUCACGAGGACAUUCCCGUCUUGAACUUCGCGCCAGAGAACAAGUACGCCCAAAUGACGCACGAGCCCACCUUCCUGGCGGAAAAUUUUCCUUCCGGGUCAAACUUGGGGGCGGACGCUGUCAACGCAACGGAGUGUAUCUCCAAGAACGCACUCUACCGUGUCGAUCCCCGUCUGUCCGGCACCAAGCUUGUCGACUCCCAGCUCAAGCAGUACGCCUCCAAGAACGACUUCUCCGCCAUCUCCACGACAGAGAAGGGCUACAUCGCCGUUGCGUCCAACAAGGGAGACGUCCGCCUGUUCGAUCGCCUGGGCAUCAACGCCAAGACGCACAUCCCCGCCCUCGGUGAGGCCAUCAUCGGCCUCGACGUCUCCGCCGACGGUCGCUGGAUUCUUGCCACCUGCAGGACCUACAUCCUCUUGAUCGACGCCAUGCAGAAGUCGGGCAAGAAUGAGGGCAAGCUCGGCUUUGAGAAGUCCUUUGCUGCCGACUCUAAGCCUCAGCCGCGCCGUCUCGCUCUUACGCCUGAGCACGUAGCCCAGUUCGCUCACGAGACCGGAAAGCCCGUCUCCUUCACCCCCGCGCGCUUUAACACAGGCACGGACGCAGAGGAGAAGAGCAUCAUCACGGCCACGGGACCGUACAUUGUCGAGUGGAACCUCAAGAAGGUCCUCCGUGGCGCCAAGGCGCCCUACCUCAUCAAGCGCUACGCUGAGGAGGUCAAGGCCGACGACUUCAAAUUCGGCUCCGACAAGAACGUCAUCGUCGCCUUGCCUAACGAGGUCAACAUGGUCGGCAAGCAGGGCCUCAAGCGCCCCACGCGCGAGAGCAUCGCCGGCCCCGGAUGGGCCAGACUGAGCAUGGGCGGAGGACGCAGCAGAGACUCGGGCCGCAUCGGAACCCCGCAGAGCAGCCGCUACAAGCUGGGCAAGGACGACAUCGUCGACUCGCCUUACUGA